CGAGCAUGAAAGGUGAGCACGCAAAGAGGGAAUCUUGAAUGCUUGCGUGCUUCGUGUGCUUGGGAAGCGGGUAGUCACGAGUUUGGAUACGUCACCCCAGCAGCCACUCAUCCAUCCUCUGUCCCCGCAUUCCUGGCCUGCACACACUGUGACGCUUCACAAGUGCUCUGCUACUGGUGUUUGCCCAAAUCCAUCGCAGUGCGUGCCUGCACGCCGCAGCCGCCGAGAUGACUUCCCUCACCAACCCGUCAGCGCCCGGGCAGGACGCGCAUGUAGCCUCGCUCGCCGAAUUCCUGGCUCCUCUUAGUAUCCACGUUGAUCCAAACGAGGUGGGAGAGCCAGUACAGCACGAACAUGGCUCCUUCCGCAUACUCUCUCGCUUCUCUCAUCCAGUCGUCAAUCGCGCCCUGGUAGGCGCAGAUCAGAAUCAGACGGCCUCAACAGGGACAGUGCCUACCGGGCUUGAGCUUGGCAAAGCUGCCAUCAAAGCAGCUCAGUACCAGCUCGCACUGCACACCGCCAAACGUCGUGCGGAUCGCAUCCUCGUCCUGCAAGGUCCUGAUGCACCAGGCGCUUCUCAAGAGCAAGCUCUGUCCUCUGCUUCUGGCGCCGGCUCUGGGCAGGCCACGGCAAGGGAGACUCUCUUUGCCGCUGCUGCUCGAUCUUUAGCCGAUAGCUUUGGCAGCUCACCUCAGAGCGACGCUGCUCUUCUGGAAGAGUUGAAAGAGGAGAAUGCCGUCGUGCUGCGUCGAGCUGCCGCGUUCUGGACUCGUCUGCCAUUUCCCGUGCUGCUCGACCUUGGCGUCACCUCUGGAAAAAUGGAUGUAGACUUGGACGAGUGGAUCAUGAGCAAUGAGAGAUAUAUGCGAGCUCUCCUCGCCCUAUCAGACCGCGAUCUCCACAAAGAAACUGGAGAAGAGACGCAGCAAGAGGCGCACGACUUGGAUGAUGGGGAAGACCAACGCAAACGGUGGCAGUCGUACAUGUUCCGCCUCUCUGCGCCCCAUGCCACGCAAAUUUUUGGCCCUUUGAACGCCGAUGGAAUUCACGAUGUCCAACGACCAGCCCCAGAAUCGCUACCGGGCAUGCGGAUUCUAGAUGCCAAGAGAGCUGAGCAAGUACGCGUCAGGGGCAUCCAAGAAUUCCGCUCAGCGUUUGAUCGCAUUACCAAUGACGCUCUUCGAGGUCUGAAUUGGGACAACAUAUUGGUCGCCGGUGGCAUCGUUCUAGCUUCCUUGAUGAACAUCGGGACGGAUGAAGAGGCAGCGAAGAGUUCCGACAUUGAUCUGUACAUCUAUGGCCUCAAUGCUGAACAAGCAACCGCAAAAUUGAUGCACAUAGAGCAAGUCUUCGCGCAAAAUCUGCCAUCCAGAGGCGCCAGCAGUCCUGACGACAGCUCGGACGCCAAAUUCGGCGUCCUUCGUAACUCCAAAACGAUCACACUUGUACCCACGUACCCUGAUCGUCGCGUCCAAAUCAUCCUCAAGUUGCUCAGCAGCCCCUUGGAAGCUCUGCUCAACUUCGAUCUCGAUCCUGCUGCAGUUGCGUACGACGGGAGCGAGGUCUGGAUGCUUCCCAGGGCAGCCCGGAGUAUCGUCACUGGCUACACUGUGUUCUCGAUGGAUCUAAUUCAAGGUCACUUUCUGAAUGAUCGCAAAGCUACUCAAGAUCAAAGAAUUUUUAAGUACACAAAAAAGAGUGGCGGCUUCGGAAUACGCUUCUUGCCUGCGUACGUCAAUGCUGAGCUGUGCCAGCCCACGGACGAGGCGUCGAAUGUCAAUCAAAAGCCGUUGCUGGAAUUGAUUUUUGCAGCAGCGCGCUCAUCCGUGUCCUGGAUGGCCAACGAGUGGUUCGAAAGGUCAACACGAGACGGCGUUGAAUUGACAGCACUUCGCCCCUUCGAAGUGACCACGCGCACUCAGAUGGUGCCUGAACCAGCCAACCGGAGCUCCCUUGGGUCAUGCGAGCUCUUUGCACGUCAUGUUGCGCUUUGGGAACUGGAAAAGGAAGGUUUCAUCCACUCGAUUUCGGAAGACAUGUGGGCAGAGGAUCACUACGGAGAAGAUCCCGAAGCUUAUCACGACGGUCCAGAGGUGGUCUGGAACAAGGACUUCACGCUGGACAAGCUGAGGAAGAGCACAGUCAAUCAUGCCAAGAAAGACGCGACAAGAUUGUACGACUAUCUACAAGACGAAGGCGUGCUUCCUAUGCUAGACACUGGAUACUACUGGAUACCGACGGAGAGCAAGGAAGACAGAGGCAAACGUCGCAAAGCCUUCAACGAUUCACUGGAGCCAAGAGCGUGGCUUCAGCGAUGCGUAUUCGCCUCAAGCAUCGCGGACGCUUUCAGCAAGCCUUUGGUUUCUGCCAUCCAAUUGCCAAAGAAUCUGUUGCAGCUGGCUCGAGCGAUUCUACCUGCAUCUCCCUCGCAAUUGCGAGAAGUCGUCAAGGCCGAGCAUCGUGACGCGGGCAGCGACUAUUCCUUAGUGUACUGGGAACACACCCUCGAGACUGCUUGGCAGCUUCAGGAUCGCGCCAGAGACGAGUUGGUGGAGCUAUUGCACGCGUUUCGUCGAGCGCACUCCGACAUGCGACAAGACUUGCGCACUCGCGAGCGACAAGUCGCCCGCCAGGUCUCACGCCGAGCCGUGCGCCCUACUAGAGAAGAUGAAUUGUCUGCUUUCAAAUGGUGGCUGAAUUUGAGACCCGCGUUUGCUGAAUCCCAUUAUCAGCAGGACGAGACUUGGUUUAUGCUGAACCUGCCUAGAGAAUUUCUGGCCAACAGAUUCGACAUCACGGAUCGCGAGGCGAUCGCGGAGGCCUUUGAGGAAGCGCGGUGGUGGGUCGACGAGGAUGACCUCGAUCAGAAUCUGUUAGACUCCAUUCGGAAGGACAUACGCCACAAGACCACCUAGUAGUUGUCGACGCGCGCAAGGGCCUAACUGUGGCCGAUCAGGAUGGCCGAUGAGCUGGACUGCUUUGGUCUGCCAUGGUCACGUGUGGCGCAUGACUGCCAGUCUUAUAUGCCGCCGAUCUACGGUCCUCUGUUGGGAUUCAGUCUCUCUCGAGCACAUGUCCGACAGACCACCGACCUCAGGUCGUAUGCCGCCGCCCACUCUCAGAAUUUAGCAUAUGAAUGAAAGCAAUUGUCGCGCGUCAGCCG